AACCUUAAAUGGACCACACCCUGGAAGCGUCAGCUCGACAUCAUGGAUUUAAUGGAUUAAUUACAUACAGACUGUGACAUCUGUAAACAUGCAGCGGCGUAGACGCAUUAAUCCAAAGGAUGAUGCAAGAUUUUAUGUUAAUGCUGAAAGUGAUAAAGUAGGACUUGACAUCAAGUACAUCAAUGCUGUAAAAGGUCAUGGCAUCUUCACCUCUGUUCCAUUUGAAAAAGGAGACUUUCUAUUGGAAUACAGAGGUGAUCUAAUAAACAAGCAAGAACGUGAGAGGAGACAGAGAAUUUACCAUAACCGCCUCAAAGUGUUUAUGUUCGAGUUCCAUUUUAAUGGAAAACUGUGGUGUGUUGAUGCAGCAACAGAGAAUGGGUCCCUUGGCAGGCUCGUGAAUGACGACCAUAUAAAUCCUAAUGCCAAGAUAAAGUACCUCACUGUUCAAGGGAAGCCCCAUCUCUGUUUGUUUGCAGUUCGAGACAUAAGUCCAGGAGAGGAGAUCACCUAUAAUUAUGGUGACUCAGACUGGCCAUGGAGAUGCAAGGUGGUCAAAAUUUGACUUUGUGAAAUUGAUAGUUCUCAUAUAAGAAAUGCUUUAACCAUAGAACAUUUCACAUACCAAAAUACUGUACAUUUUUCAUCUAGCUUCAGGUGGAACAUGAUUUUUAUAGCUUUUGUUAGCACCAUCUACCCAGCACACCAUAGCAAAGAUACUGACCAUUACAGAUUGGUAGAACAAAAACAAUGAAGUCAUCAGAUGCUGUGUUCUUUAGAGUAUAGUUUUCAUAGUCCACAGUCUACAAUAUUUUGUUUUUCCUUUUUUACAGGGCCUUGAUGACGAAAUGGCUCCAAAGAUUGGUGGUACCACAAAUCCCCCAUCCACAAUUGAUGAUACUGAAGAGCUGACAACUGAGAGCAAGUGCAUCCAUACUGCCGUCAGCCAUCCGAAUCAGACUAGUCCCGAGCUCGGUCCACUCACCAAAGUUGGAGAGUGUCAAAAACACAGCCUGGUGUGCGCAACAGUAUCCUCCUUGGACAAGUGUGUUCAUUGUGUGGGACCCGUAUCUUCCUUCAAGUGGCUUGGCUAUCGAUGCACAGUUUGUUCAGGGGUCUGGCAUAAAUCUUGCCUCAAGCAAACUAAAAGAGAUGACUUUAACAGCACAGCACAGGUGCAGCAGUCUCCUAAGGCUUCUGAGGAUGAACUGCUGUCAGAUCAGGACAAAAUUCCACAUCCAGAAUUGGACCAAAUAUCAUCUGAUGAUGAGGACAUGUCUGACAAGGAAUACGUACCUGACUCGGAGUCAGAAUAUGAUGAAGAUUAUGAUUCAGAUGCCAGCAUACCCUUAAAGUCAAGUCAGGCAAGAGCUGCACAUAUUCAAGUAAAACCAGUAAUACCUGAUGUUGGAACAUCUUAUGGGUCGGACACAGGCACCCUACUUGAAGCCCUACACACAUGAAGAAAGCCUUAAAGUCCACAUGAGAAUUCACACUGGAGAAAAUCCAUAUAUCUGCCGACAAUGUGGACAGAG